AAAGUAGAAAUCUCAACUCUCAAUGUCCAAAUAAGAGAUUCUAUGGUGUUCAUUCCAUCUUUCCCCCAUUUAGUUACCAAUUUUGUACGCGGCUUCGUCUCCUCACGCGCCGCCGUUCCCAACCCGCCCACACUCUCCCACCUUUUUUGCUUUUCUAUCUUUCCGCUUUCCCAUCCUCUGUUUCUCUGGCCCCCUUCUUUUCCCCUCUCUCUCUCUUUCCGACUGCCGCCGGCUCCUUCAGCCCGCUCUUCUUCUGCUCCAUCGCUUCCAUUCUGUUAAACUCUUCACAGAGAUCUGAAAACGAUUAAAAGAGGUAGAGGAGAGAGUGCAAGGGGGAGCGGGUUGUUGGUUCCUUUAUGAAUCCUCAGCUUCUGAUGAUUGUUACAACUGAUAAAGCAUCACUAGCAGCAGCAGGAAGAAGCAGAAGAUGGGCGGAGUCACCUCGUCAAUUGCCGCGAAAUUCGCUUUCUUUCCUCCGACUCCGCCGUCGUACACAGUGGUAGCUGGAGAUUCUACCGGCGGCGGCAAGCUGUAUAUGCCAGAGCUGCCGAGGAGGGAUGACGUGGAUGUACUGAAGCUGCACACUAGGCGAGGAAACGAAAUCGUGGCCGUCCAUAUCAAGCAUCCCAGGGCUUCGGCUACUCUGCUGUAUUCCCAUGGGAAUGCCGCUGAUUUGGGUCAGAUGUACGAGCUCUUCGUCGAGCUCAGCAAUCGGCUUCGGGUUAACCUCAUGGGCUAUGAUUACUCUGGCUAUGGGCGGUCAAGUGGAAAGCCAACCGAAUACAAUACGUAUGCGGACAUAGAUGCGGCCUAUAAUUGCUUAAGAGAGCAGUAUGGGGUCAGAGAAGAAGACCUGAUAUUGUAUGGUCAGUCUGUUGGUAGUGGACCCACAGUCGAUCUUGCUUCCCGUUUGCCCAAUAUAAGAGGUGUGGUUCUUCACAGUCCACUUCUUUCUGGCAUGAGGGUGCUAUACCCAGUCAAAAGAACUUACUGGUUUGACAUCUACAAGAACAUUGACAAAAUCGGUUUGGUGAAGUGCCCUGUCCUGAUAAUCCAUGAUAAGCUGACUCUUGGAGACAAAUCUUGGAAGUCUAAGGGAACAGCAGAUGAAGUUGUGGAUUGCUCUCACGGAAGACAGUUGUGGGAUCUCUGCAAGAACAAAUAUGAACCUCUAUGGAUAAGUGGAGGGGGCCACUGCAACCUCGAGAUAUAUCCGGAAUUCAUAAAGCAUCUCAAGAAGUUUGUAGUGUCACUGGGGAAAUCUGCAAAAGCAGCAGUGGCUGCUGCAGCAAAUGCAGGUCCCGAAAAGACGAUGGCAUCAGAGUCAGGGAAUAAGAAAAAAGAUAAGACGUCGGUAUCAUCAGAGGCAGAGAAUAAGAAUAAAACAGCACCGGAGCCCCCUGGAGCCGCAGAAGAUACUUUCGAAUUGGUGGCAGAGCUUCCACCACCACCUCAAAUGUCAAGAAACAGUUUAGACAGUCGGCUGGAGAAGUCCAAGAAGUCAAAUAAGCACGAGAAGUCUCGAAUGAGCACUGACCGGGUUGAUAGAUUUAUUAGAAGAAAACGAGGCUUGGUCUGGUGACUCAAGAGCUACACCAUAAGGGAAAGAGACAGGGAGCUUCGUCAUCAACGAAACUUGCAUUAUGCUGCUUGUGUAGCUCUGUGGUCACUUGUGAUAUUGUAAUGUGCAAGGUUUAUGUCUACCUAGAUUGAGACAUGUAAUCUUAUCUGAUUUUUACCUUUCACGUAAGCUUAACAAUAAUGAAUGUAGAAAAUUUGGGAGUGAUGACAGAGUGAGUGAAUGGUAAGUUGAGAUAAAAAAAAGAAACAUGAAUCAUCUCUGCAUACUCUGGUGUCUAUUUGCUGUAGAACACUUCCUCUAAUUCAGAUGUGUUGGAAUUUGUAUAUCAUUCAGAGCUUUAUCUUUUAUUUUACCCACGC